AUUGACACACAUUGAGCAACGUUUGAGCGCUGCAGUCUGAGAUGAAGCUGAUUGGUCCGUGGAGGUGGGUGUUGCGCCAUUGCCAAUAGAGCUGUCUGGAGAAGCGCACUGCGAGAGGGGACUGCCGAGAUUCCUUGUACACUCACUCCCGGGGGACACCCGUGAACUAAGCCACAGGAAGAGAUGCCCUACUUGCUCAUCAGCACACAGAUCCGACUGGAGAAUGGUCCAACAAAUGUUGGAGAUGAAUAUUCUGACCCAGAUGUUAUGAAUUACCUGGGAGCUAGAAAAACAACUGUCUUGGGGAAUAAUUUUUCUGAGUACCAUGUGGAUGAGCCACCCCGCCUGGUGCUGGACAAGCUGGAGAAGAUUGGUUUCCGCCUGCUGACAAUGACCGGAGUGGGACAGACACUGGUGUGGUGCCUACAUAAGGAGACAGACUGACUUUCACUUUUUGCUAAAUCUAUGUGCCUACGUGCAAAUCAAACAUCAGCGUGAAAAGACUUCAAGGUAGUAACAUCAAAGCAACUAUGAGCCUACAGUGUCAAGUGCCAUACUGGUGACCAUUUUAGAAAGAGAGUCUCAAAAACAUUUUAUAUAUAUUUAUGUACAAUAUUUGUUGGAACAAAGAAUGUGUCACUAAGAGAUCGUUUUUGCCAUUUGUUUAAAUUUACUGACUAAUCAGUUCAAUAAAAAUCUCAGAUUCAG